CCGGCCAAUCAAUGCUGAGCGCGGGAUUUUUAAAUUAUUGUUAUAACCUAGAAUAAUUAUUAGAAUGACAAAUAAAAAACCACAGAAUAAUAAACCAACAAUUUCAAGGUCCGCUGAUUCAACAAAUACGUAGAUACCUGGCCCGGGCCUCUGAAGCAUUUAAAAUAUUAUCUGUCGACCCAUUACCUUCAUCAUGUCAAUCAGAAGAUUACCAAGUUGCAUUCCGAUACCAAUUGAAGACAAAGUCCUCGCUGAGCUGGUCCCCAAAACCAAAGAUUGGGCCUUGAUGAACGGUAUAGGCAUGAGAUCGAAAGCGGCCUUUUCGGAGGACUCUAUUAGCUUUGCUCCGUUUUUGUUAUUGCCUUCCACAUUUCCUAGGAAGGAGUUUCAAAAGGCUGUUGAAAUACAAACUACUUUGAAUGAACUUAUGCAUAGGGUGGCUCACAAUAAAGCAUUUCUACAAGAAACGUUAAAGGACACAAUACAAGUAGAUGAGUUUACAGGGAAUUUAUAUAAAAUAUGGGAAACAGUAUUAGAUGAAGGAAUAAAUCAGGAAUUGAGUUUGGGCCUAGUCCGCUCGGAUUACAUGCUACACAAUGGCCAAAUUAAGCAAGUGGAAUACAAUACAAUAUCUGUUAGUUUAUCAGGAGUUGGAAAAGCUGUCUCAAUUUACAAUAGAUUUGUUCUAGAAGAACUUGGACACUAUGACAAACUGCAAAAUUUGCCAGAAAACCAUGCCCUAACUGGCAUUACUAUGGGACUACUUGAAGCAUGGAAAAUAUACGGAGAUGCAAACGCAGUGAUUUUGGUUAUAGUCGAGGAUGUCACUUAUAAUAUUUGCGAUCAAAGAUUCCACGAGUUUGAACUCAAACGUCUAAAUCCUAGAGUGAAAUUGAUGAGGAGGACUUUGACUGAAAUGUAUCAAGAAGGAAGUCUCACUGAGGAUAAUCAACUUAGUGUUGAUGGUUUGAUUGUGAGUGUUGUUUACUAUCGCUCCGCCUAUACUCCGGAUCAAAUACCGACAAAAAAAGAAUGGGAUGCUAGAUUGAUGAUUGAAAAGUCUCAAGCAAUCAAAUGCCCUUCAAUCCAGUACCACUUGGCCGGUACCAAAAAGGUCCAACAGGCUUUAGCGAAACCGGAAGUUUUGGAAAUGUUUCUUUCGGACCCUAAAAAAAUCGACGCUGUCAGAGAGAUAUUCACUGGUUUGUAUGGCUUGGAUUUCGACGAGGCUGGUGAUCAGGCUAUUCAGAUGGCUCUGGAAGAUCCAGAUAGAUUUGUCCUGAAACCUCAAAGAGAAGGAGGCGGAAAUAACAUAUACGGAACCGACAUAAGAGAGGCAAUUUCGAAAAUGAAAAACACCAAAGAGCGUACCGCCUGGAUACUCAUGGAAAGGAUUAUGCCUCCAGUUAGUACGGGCUACAUAAUUAGGCCGGGCGGAUCGAAAUUGCCACAGCUUUCCGAAAUGGUAUCGGAGUUGGGGAUAUUUGGAGUUGUGAUUGGAGACUCACAAAAGAUUAUGGUUAAUCGUCAGGUGGGUCACAUGCUUCGGACUAAAAUAUCUACAGCUGAUGAAGGAGGAGUUGCUGCUGGAUUCGGAGCCCUAGAUAGCCCUUAUUUAAUUGAUGUCGAAUGAUUUUAUAUUGAAUUUUGGUGCAAUAAACGAGCACAUAUUAAAAUGUAUUUAUUUAG